UGGAGUUUUGCUGCAAUUCUUCACUUCAUUCCGUUUUUAAAAAGCAACUUGUUCGGUUGGUAUGAAAAAUUGGUGCGGAUGCCAAAAUGUUAGAGUGUGAUUUCGUGCAAACAUGAAAUUGACUUAACGUGUAUGUGAAAAAUAUUAUAUUUCAAAUUGACCAAAAUUAUAUUACAAAAAUAAGAAUAGUUGUAUGUUCGAUAAAAGAGCUGACCAAAAUUUGCACUUGUGUGUGGGUGCGAAAUAUGUGUAAUAACUCUCAAGCGACUAGAGUAAAAAUUAUAUAAAAUAAUACCGAAAAUUCUGUGUACUUUUUCCAAAACUUAGUGAAACAUUUGUUUACGCCGAAAAAAAAAUAUAUUUACAUAUAUUUAUUCGAAAAAAGUCAAGUAAAUUUACUCUAUAAAAUCAGCAAAACAAACUUAAUUGAAACUCUACCAAAUUUUUAUCGCCUCUCUAAAAUGGUACGCAGUCUGGCGCAGUGGACGAAAACCCUAAGUUUUCCUUCACGCCUCUCGCCAAAUCGCAACUCAAAAGAUUGCACCAAUUUGAACGCCACUAGUCCUGUGCCACCACCCACUCCGCCAAGGAAUAAAACCAAAACCAGCAACAACUGUUCAACAUCGCGCUCCUCCUCGUCGACAGUGUCAUCUUCACAUUCCACUUCAACGACAAACACUUCUCCAUCACCCACGACCAUGGGCAACAACAGUGCCAAUAACAAUAGUAAUUGCAAUGGCAACAACAACAAACAUAAUUUGCCCAUCACGGAACUAGAGCAAAUUAUCUACCCCGGUCCUGAUCCUAAACAAGCCAUCAUGGGCUCGCUCGUCUUCUGCAUACAUCACAAGCAGGGCUGUAAAUGGUCCGAUGAGUUGAGGAAACUAAAGGGCCACUUGAACGUGUGCAAACAUGACGCCACCCAGUGUCCGAAUAAGUGUGGCGCUCAAAUACCUCGCAUCAUGACGACCGAUCACCUACAGUUCACCUGCAAUAUGCGGCGCACCAAAUGCGAGUUCUGUCACAGUGAAUUUUCUGGUGCUGGCCUUGAAGAGCAUGCCGGCACAUGCGGCCAGGAGCCCAUAUACUGUGAGGCCAAGUGCGGUCAACGUGUACUACGCGGCCGCAUGACACUACACAAGUCAAAGGAUUGUGCCAAACGGUUGCGUCGUUGUAUACACUGCACACGUGAAUUCUCCUGCGAUACGCUACCACUGCAUGUGGCCCAAUGCCCACGAGCUCCAAUGACUUGCCCACAGCGCUGUGAUGCAGGUGCUAUAGCGCGCGGCGAUAUGGAGGCACAUUUGCGUGAUGAAUGCAAAGCUCUAGCGAUCGCUUGUAGUUUCAAAGAAGCUGGUUGUCGUUUCAAGGGGCCACGUCACAUGCUCGAGGCGCACUUGGAAGCGAAUGCAGCUUCGCAUUUGUCAUUGAUGGUGGCGCUGUCGUCGCGUCAGGGACAACAAAUACAAAUGCUUAAGACCGCCGUCUCAAAACUAUCGAUCAACUACACCGGCACAUUGUUGUGGAAGAUCACCGAUUGGUCGGCGAAAAUGACAGAAGCGCGCAGCAAAGAUGGACUCGAAUUGGUAUCGCCGCCAUUCUAUACCUCGCAAUAUGGCUACAAAUUGCAGGCUUCAAUGUUUCUCAAUGGCAAUGGUCCCGGUGAGAACACGCACGUGUCGGUGUAUAUUAAAGUGCUGCCAGGCGAAUACGAUGCGCUUUUGAAGUGGCCAUUCGCACAUUCCAUCACAUUCACCCUCUUCGAACAGGGCGCCCAAAGCGGGCAAGGCGGUGUGGCUGAGUCGUUUGUGCCCGAUCCAACAUGGGAGAAUUUCCAACGGCCAUCGAACGAACCGGAUCAGUUGGGCUUCGGAUUUCCGCGUUUCAUUUCACAUGAAAUGCUGCACAGACGGCCUUUCAUCAAAGACGACACGGUAUUUUUGCGUGUGAAGGUGGACCCCAGUAAAAUUGUGUCGGUCUAAGUGCGGAGGCCGCAUUGGGUCAAUAUGCGGUUUGGGGUACAUAUCUUUGCAAUUGGCGAAAUACGUUUUCAUAUGUUCGUAUGUUUUUAUUAACAUUUAAAUAAAUACUGUGUAUUUAAAGUAGUAAUUAGCUAUGUAAGAGAGUGUAAAAGACAAGAAAAUGUCGUCUCAAGAUAAAUGAAACAAAAAGUCAGCAGUCAAAGCAGCUUCGCGAGCGUAGACAAGACAGCUACACUGCGCGCAAGCAUAGGCUAAGUUUGGCAAACCAGCAGCAACGAAAAACAAAAAUUGAAAGGAAAGAUCUUACAGUGCAGUAAAGAUUUUAAUUUCGUAAGGAAGACAAUGAAAGUCAGUUUUAUACACACAAAUACCAUAUUUUAAAACAUAUUUAAGUUGAAUUGAGUAGCAAUUUUUAAAAGCACCGCUGAAUAAAAUUGCGCAAUUUUCAAAAACAACGAAAUCAGACCAAAGUAAAGUUAAUACAAACGAAAAAAGAGCAAGAAAAACUAUUUUUAAUUAGGAAUGUAAGCAGAAGACCACUUCAUGUUGAAUGCAAAAUUUGGCAUAGAAAAGUUCGUGUCUUAAUUCUUUUGUUACAACUAAGAAAUAAAAUUUCCGAUUGAUGAAAUUCAUUCAUUUUAGUGAAAACACUUUCAAAAGAUCUUCAUUGGUUUAAAUAUGAACUCUUUUUAGGUUAGUUUUAAGCACGCGAAGAGAGAAAUUUAUAAUUUGUUUUUUUUCUUUAUUUUUUUGUUUUGUCCUUAAUUUUUUAUUUUUUGUGCAACUCCUAAAGUGGUGCACCAUUUGUGUAAAUAUUCAUUACGCGACAGUUAAAUACUGUUUGAAAGUCAAGAUUACUACAUGAGAAGACAUUUGGAGGAACAAAAAUUUCGUUUUUACUUAAGUGUUGAAAAUGAUUACAAUGGCAAAUACAUUUUCACAAACAGCAUUAGUCAUUAGUUAUUAAGUUCAGUUGUGUCUGAGUAAUUUCUAAAAGCAUACAAUGUCAUACAUACAUACAUAUAUAUGUGUGUGUACACAUUUAUUUCAUUUCUACAGCA